AUGCUAGUGCAAGCUUAUAACCUAAUGGCUCAUGCUUUCCUUCUCUUCCUUUUAUUCCCUUACAUUAUAUCCACAAAUAUUCAUGACUGCAAACAAACUGAACGCAGCUCCCUUCUGUCCUUUGCCUCCACUCUCUCUUCUCCUCCUUUAAAUUGGACAUCCAUUGAUUGCUGUCGUUGGAAGGGCAUCACUUGUGAUCAAGAUGGUUGGGUCACCUGUUUGCUCUUGCCUUCCAAGGGGCUCAAAGGAGGUAUCUCUCCCUCUUCACUUUCAAAUCUCACGCAUCUCACCCACUUGAACCUUUCCCACAAUUCACUAUAUGGUUCACUUGAAACUCAGCUCUUAUUGUCUUUGAAUCGACUUGAGAUCCUUGAUUUGAGCUAUAACUGUCUUUCUGGAGAGCUACCACUUUCUCUACCAUCCAACAAUAUCCGAACUGUGGAUUUGUCCAGCAAUCACUUCUUUGGUGCAAUUCCAUCUUCAUUCUUCCAACAAGGAAGCAACUUGACUAGUUUCAAUGUCAGCAACAAUACCUUCACUGGGUAUGUUCCGUCCUCCCUUUGUGUCCAUUCCUCUCCCUCCCUUAGGCUAUUAGAUUUUUCGUCCAAUUUAUUCAGUGGCAACCUUGCUCCUGGGCUAGGGAAGUGUUCCAAACUGCAGGUUUUUCAUGCCAGUCACAAUAACCUCUCAGGAUUAUGGCCAGAAGAUAUCUAUAAUGCUACCAAACUUGAAGAAAUUUCAUUACCUCUCAAUUCACUACAUGGGGCCAUUAGUGAUAAAAUUGUCAACCUCACCAAUCUUGCCAUCCUUGACCUCUCCUUUAAUCAUUUUGGCCGCGAGCUUCCUCUCAAUUUGGGGAAGCUCUCCAAGUUGAAGUUUGUGAACUUUGAUUUCAACAAUUUAGAAGGUGUUUUGCCCCCAUCUUUGAUGAAUUGCACAAACCUUGUAGAAUUGCAUUUGGGAUUCAACAACUUGGAAGGAGAUAUCUCCAUGCUUGAUUUCUCAAGACUGAGUCAACUUACUAAACUCGACCUAAGGAUGAAUUGGUUCACUGGUACGGUUCCAGUAAGCCUUUACUCAUGUAGGUCCCUAAAAGCCAUUGGAUUGGCUGCAAAUAAUCUAGAUGGACAAAUAGAAGCUGAGAUUCUUUCAUUGCAUUCCUUGUCCUUCCUUUCGCUUGCUUUCAACCGAUUCACCAACCUCACUGGGGCAAUGAAGAUAUUGAUGAGUUGCAAAAGUCUUCACACACUCUCGCUUAGUGAUGGCUUUGUGGGUGAGGGAAUGCCAUUGGAUGAUGACAUGGUUGAUUUUGAUGGAUUCCAAAAUCUUCGGUUAUUGAAUUUGGCUGGUUGUAAGCUCACUGGUCAAAUACCUUUAUGGUUAUCAAAGCUCAAGAAUCUAGGGAUGUUGGCACUGGGUUCAAAUCAAAUCACAGGGCCAAUUCCAAGUUGGUUGGGGACUCUUCCUAGGUUGUUUCAUAUAGACUUGUCAAACAACCGAAUUUCAGGUGAAUUUCCAAAGCAACUUUGUAGACUACCAAGGUUGCUUCAUCAACCUAACAUUGCAUCACAAGCAGACCAAUAUGAAUCUGAAUUGCUAGUCUUUGGCCUCACCACAACUCAAACUUAUCCAUCGCGGAAAUUGCUUUUGUAUCCACCAAUGAUAGCCUUAUCUAAGAAUAACAUUAGUGGUUAUAUACCUGCUGAGAUCAGCCAAUUGGUGCUUCUCCAUCAGUUGGCUCUUGACUCCAACAACUUCUCCGGCAUCAUUCCAGACCAAAUAUCUAACCUAAAAAAUUUAGAGAUUUUGAACCUCUCCACAAAUCACUUGUCUGGAAUAAUCCCAUCAUCAUUGGUGAGCCUUAAUUUCUUGAGGUAUUUUAAUGCGUCAUACAAUAACCUCGAAGGACCAAUACCAACAGGCACCCAGCUCCAAAGCUUCAAUAGUUCUGCCUUUAAGGGGAAUCCAAAACUUUGUGGUGCCCCACUUCCAAAUGAGUGCGGACCAAGUAAGGGCAUUGAUGCAGAUAACAAGAACAAUAAAAACGUGGGCAAUGGACUUCAUCAACUUCCGUGGUUUUAUAUUUUCGCUGCAUUGGGGUUCAUAGCAGGAUUUUGGGUAGUCUGUGGUUCUUUAGUUAUUAACAAGACAUGGAGAUAUGCGUAUUUUCGAUUCAUAGACAAUCUACAAGAUAAGCUCUAUGUGGUGAUAAGUUGA